CACUUUCUAAGCUCUCUAACGUUCAAACUUUCGAUCGCAAGUCCAGUGUCAUCAUAAUCAAGAUGCUUCAAAGUAUUCAUCAUCAAUCUAACUUUCAUACUUCGAGUUACCCACAUCGUGAAAUCUCAAGAUUAGUGCCUAUUGCGCCGGCUCCUGAAAUGAAAUAUAACGAUAUUGAACCGGAACGGAAGAAAUAUAAUUACAAGAGUAACCCUUACACGGGCGUCCAAGCCGCCUCGAUUGCAAGGAGAAAUGCUCGCGAAAGAAACCGUGUGAAACAAGUGAACGACGGAUUUAACGCGCUGAGAAAGAGGCUGCCCGCGACUGUCAUAGCCGCACUGUCCGGAGGAUCGAGACGUGGAUCUGGAAAGAAAUUAAGCAAAGUGGACACCCUACGAAUGGUCGUGGAAUACAUAAGGUAUUUGGAAAAUCUGAUCGACGAAAGUGACUUGGCCAUGGGUAUUACGAAGCCGACGCAAGUGCCCCCCGCAGACUCAAUUGCUUACGAGGAUGAGGGCGUCUUCGGUGGAAGUUCGCCGUAUUCGGAUUCAGUGCCUUCCCCGGUCGGUUCCGAGUGCUCUUCUGGUGUGUCAGUAUACUCAUCAAAUAAUGGUUACAUAGCAAACGUGUACCAAACCAAUGAACAAAUGACAGCGAUGGAUGAAGAUGAUUUGCUAGACACAAUUUCAUGGUGGCAACAAAAGUAGUGGUCCUCUAGCUUUUUUUAAUUGUAGUGAAUUUUUCUAGUCAAACAAUAUCCUAUUAUUAGUAUAGAUCGAAA